AUGAGUUUCCAAGACAAAGUAGUAAUUGUGACCGGCGCCAGUUCUGGCAUUGGAGCGGCCACUGCCAUCAAAUUUGCAGAAGAAGGAGCUAACGUAGCGUUAGUGGGCAGAAAACAGGAAAAACUGAACAACGUCGCAAAGAAAUGCGGAAAUCCCUUAAUCAUCGCUGCUGAUGUGUCAAAUGAUGAAGACGCCAAAAGAAUCAUUGAAGAAACCAUAAAACGUUUCGGGAAGAUUGAUGUUUUGGUAAACAACGCUGGUAUAGGAGGUGUUACUAAAAUACUAGAUGAAGGCGUUAUCAAAGUUUUUGAUCAAAUAAUGAAUACAAAUCUACGCUCAGCUGUUGUUUUGACUCACCUCGCUGCACCACAUCUUGUGAAAACAAAAGGUAACAUUAUAAAUAUAUCAAGCGUUGCUGCUUACCGAGUGACUCGUGGUUAUUCUGCGUACAGCACAUCAAAGGCUGGAAUGGAUCACUUCACUAGAGCUGUAGCACUUGAAUUAGCACCACACGGUGUUCGUGUCAACGUGAUCAAUCCAGGACCCGUGAAAACAGAUAUUAUAGAAAAUAUGGGAGCAACUAAGGAAGCGGCAGAUGCAGCUUUUGAUAAUUUGCUGAAGGCAACUGCACUUUCAAGAGUUUCGGAUUCUGAGGAGAUAGCUGAUCUAGUGUUGUUUACAUCCAGUGAAAAAUCGAAAGCUAUCACAGGAUCAUCUAUUGUAACUGACAACGGAAUGUUGUUAAAACUUAGUGACUUUACUCCAGUAGAUUUGUAA